AAUGUCAAGUGUCAAAAGAAUUUCGCAAUAAAAAGAUAACAAAAGUGAAUCACAAGUGUUUUACUGUAAAUUCGGUAAUUUGCAAUUUCUAUUCGCGUUUCAUUAACAUCACAAUCGACAAAAUUAUGCCCUCAAAACGGAAAGGAACAAGUGUCACAUCCGAAGAUGAUGAGGAUUAUCGUACAAAGCGAGACAGAAACAACCAGGCAGUGAAACGCAGCCGCGUCAAGUCCAAGCAGCGUACACAAUUGACACAAGCCAAAGUGAAGGAUCUUAAGAUCAAAAAUCAGGUGCUGGAGGAAAAGAUAAAAAAUCUCACAAAAGAUCUGAAGUUCUUGAAGGAUCUGUUUCUGGCACAAGCACAGACAAAGGCGGAGAAACUCACCAAUGCAGAGCUUCGUAGAUUACUUGCUGAUGACGACGAUGAACAAAACGAUAACGAAAAACCGACAACCAGUAAGGGAUGAUGUAGGACCGUAGAUUAACAGAACCGAACCGAGACAGCGGAAUGAAUUUAAUUUUACGUAAAAUUUCUGACUGCAUUCCAGGCGUGUGCUCAAUAAGUGGCCGAAAAGUGCAAUUUACACGUAAAGUACACUCACCAUUGAAGCGCCCACGCAAGUUUGUACGCGCCUGAACACAAUUUAUAUUUACCAUUGUUACAAUUUUGAACAUUGCCACACUGAGCAGCAAAUACAGCAAAUAUUUGAAAUUCUAAAA